GCCGGGGCUCAGUGUUUGAUGUUUCUACAUCCAUUGCGGCGGCGCUUGAUAUGUUGAGUGGUGGCGCUUGUUGUGGAAUCCUGGAGAAUCAAAUGGCUCUGCCUGUUUUGGUUGCUGGCACCCAAUCCCCUCUUGCGUGGAGGGGACGCGGCCCUGUGGCCUGUGGCCCUAACGACCGCCUGGUCCGCCGCUGGGCGUUAUUGUUACGGCUUCAGCAAUGGCGCUCAACAGGGAUAUGCACCCCCGCAACCGCUACAAGGACAAACCACCUGACUUCGCAUUGCUGGCCAGCAGAAACCCCGAAUUCAAGAAGCACGUGCAGACAGACCUCUCCGGCCGUGUGCGGCUGAACUUCAAGGAGCCGGAAGCUGUGCGUGCACUCACCUGUGCCCUCCUGCAGGAGGAUUUUGGACUGAGCAUCGAAAUCCCUCUGGAGCGCCUCAUCCCAACCCUGCCUCUCCGCCUCAACUAUAUCCACUGGGUGGAGGAUCUGCUAGGCAGCAGCUUGAGCAGGGACCCCGAGAAAUCAGUGCAUGGCAUUGACAUCGGCACAGGCGCCUCGUGCAUCUACCCACUACUCGGUGCCACCAUGAACGGUUGGCACUUCCUGGCCACCGAGGUGGACAACGUGUGCUUCACCUACGCCACCCAGAACGUGGCGCGAAAUGGUCUGCAGGGGCUCGUGCGCGUCAUGAAGGUGCCGCAGAAGACGCUGCUGGUGGAGGCGCUGAACGAAGAUCCCGAGUUGGCGUACGACUUUUGCGUGUGCAACCCGCCAUUCUUUGCCAACCAGCAGGAGGCCUAUGGCGUCAACUCUCGCAACUCUCACCGGCCGCCCCCCAGCUCGGUGAAUACUGGCGGCGCCACGGAGAUCAUGGCUGAGGGAGGCGAGUUGGAGUUCGUUCGCAAGAUCAUCCACGACAGCCUGCAGCUGCAGAAGAGAAUCCGGUGGUACACGUGCAUGCUGGGUAAAAAGUGCAGUCUGGCGCCGUUGAAGGAGGAGCUACGGAGAUGUGGGGUGCCACGAACAACCACCACCACAUUCUGCCAAGGUCGCACUAUGCGUUGGGCCCUCGCCUGGAGCUUCCACCACAACCUCGCUGUGCCGUCACCCCCCGCCAAGCGGCGGAAGCUGGACAAUCAGAAAAAGCCGAUCACGUUCUUUGUUGCCGCCGCCGCCGCCGCCGCCACCGGCGGCGACACGGGGCAGCAGCUGCCCACUCGCGACGUGCCGCCCCCUAGUCCGGUGGAGCGUGUCUCCGUGCAUCUCGAGACGCUCCUCGCCGAGUUGAAGGUGCAACACAGACGUGUGCCGUGCGGGACGGGUGAAGUCAGCCUCAUGCUCACGGCUCCAGAGAACACGUGGAUCCACUUGCGUCGCAAACGCCGGCAGUCGCUGCAGACCAACGAUGCGCCGGAGCCCCCCGAGAGCUGUUCCACACAGGCCCCGACACUCAAACAAGACAGCCGCUCGCCCGCAAAACACAGCAGUUCCGACGAAUCUGAUCCAAAAGCACCCUCGUCAACAUCGCCGCAACCGCAACCACCACCACCACCACAACUGUCGUCGGCACAGCAGCCAGACCAGGACGAGCAGAGCAGUGGUCAGGGGUCCUCGAGGGAUGAUGGGACGGAGCCGCACAAGAAUGGGAAAUGCAUGGCUGCUUGGAAGCUCACGGAGGCCAACGAACCAAGGGAAGGCCGCGUCGCCGCAAGUGACGACGCGGCGGACUUGAGCGUCGGCGAAAAGGCGGUCGGCGUAAGUGGGGAGCCUCAGGGAACGCCGCCGGGUGGAUUCGUGCUCAAAUGCCAGGUGGUUGUGCGGGAUGAGAGCAGGAUGGUGCCUGCGGGUGGCGGCGGCGGCCAUGGCCGUAGUGGCGACGUGGCGGUUGAUAUGUACUGGAUAGACGGGCAACAUCGUGAACUGCUUAACCAGCUGUCGUGCACUCUUCGCAACAAAAUGCUCCGGCUCGGAGGGCAGCAGGCAUUGUAAGGUGGCCUGCAACACCAUCUUCACGUGUGGACUGUCCCCACCACCCAUUAUCAUCCGUUAACCCCCCCCCACACCCCUGCUCUCGACAUGAAGCAAACUUAUACCAGCAUUUUUGCACGGGUCACAUUAUGGGUAAAGUAUUCGAAAUCAUUCUCUUUGUAGGAGCCUUCAAGACAUAAUUUUGCAGCAUCAUUUCAAAAUAAAUUGAAGCAAAAAAACUAAUGAUAAUAUACUGAAACAAUUUUAAUAGUGAAGUUAAUGCUGGUGAUGAAAGUUAAUAUUUUAUUUAAUCGGCUAUAAUAAAUUACAUAUUCCCCAAUGAUAAAAGUUAUUUUUAAAAAAAGAGGCAUGUUGGAGCUUGUCAUGUAUGGAGGCAGAGGGUGUCUGUACCUACGCAAAAAUAUUAAUUCAGACGGCCGAUAGAUUUUUUUUCCAUCACUUUCCUAUCCAUGCACAUUGAAUUUAAACGCACACAGGCAUCGCAUCCACCUGUCUGUCAGUGACCUGCAGGUCAUCCGUAACAGUGAAACAAAAUGUCAGAAAAGAAACAUACCAGACUGGAACAGCAUGUUUGUGCCAUGCCAUGUGUGUGCCAUGUUGGGGUAGCGUAGUGGCUUGUGUCCUCACUAUUAUAGGGCCAGUUUUCAUGCAAUCGGACGAUGCAUUUUAUUUUGCCUGUUAAUGUCUGUAGAUGCCAGCAUCUCCUUGGAUAGUAGAUGUUUCGAGACUUAAUUUGUAAUUUUAAUUCAGAAUUGGCGAAGCGAUGUCAAAUCCUACAUCAAAAACGAUGUUUUACUUGCAAAUACACCUCAACAAAUGAUCAUCUUCCGUUGACAACUGUAGUUGCCAAAGGGUGCCGUGGUUUUUUUUCACGAGUGCUAAUUCUCCGUUUGCGUCUCACUUGCUGAAUAUUUUUUUUUUAAUUCUGGUGUUGUCGGAAUGUAGUUAAAGGAGGAGUAAGGGGGGGGGGGCAUUUACUUCAAGGACUAGAGUAAGCGGGGGAGGCUCCUUAUCAAGGUGAAGGCUCAGGAAAGGAUUUGAGACAUCUGGCACGCGGUCCAAGGCGUGAAGCUGCUUAACGCCUAAAAGCUCGAGGAGAUUGCAUAAAGCAAAGUCGCAGCCUCUUCAAUGCCACGGUUAAUAUUUCUGAUGUAAGGCUCAAGGCCCAGGAAACACGAGACCACUUUGUCUUGUCCAAGCAAGUAUCAAAUUGGCGUCAGGCACCAGAACAAGACGACGAACUCCCUUCUGUCUGGAAUGCGUUUUGUUUGUUCCGAUGUCACCAGACCUUCCUGGCUCGUUGUGUGAAGUGUAUCGACAGCUUGGUCUGAAUGAGACUUUUUUUUUUCCUUGUAAACUUCAAAUAAUAAAACCAAUAUCAUCGGAAGUAGUCCACAACAAAGGGAUCAUUGUUGAAACAAAUAAUUCGUGUAUUUACCCUUGUUAAGGCAUUGUUCUUUUGAUGACAAUGCAGUGGCACGUUCCAGACAUGGGCCUGGAAACCUGACGCCGUGCUUCACUUGGUUAUCCAAUGUAACGGAUCACGCAGGUAAAGGACCCAAUUUAUUAUUGGCUGCAUUGACCUGACAUCUAUUCCAAUACGGUAAAACCUUGGAUUGCGAGUAACUUGGUCUGCGCGAGUGUUUUGCAAGACGAGCAAAAAAUGUAAGUAAAUAUUUUUGUUGAUAAACGAGCGAGGUCUUGCCAAUAUGAGCAGCACGUCGACGCUUUGUCCACCGAGCGUCACGUGAUCACGACUGAUAUACGAGUGCUUUGGAUUACAAACACGUUUCCGGAACGAAUUAUGCUCGCACUCCAAGGCUUUACUGUGUAUGCCACCUGCCUGAUAUCGAGUCUCUUGGUCCUUAGUUUUAAACUGCAUGGUGGCCUCAUGUCCUCAGGGCUCGAGAGGCCACUUGCCCCCAGGGCACCCUGAUGGCCUCGCCGACUGCCACUCGGCAUUUGAUUCGUGUAAGGAUUUUUUUUUUUUUUGCUGGGCCAGGUCGUGGAAGAGUGAGUGGUGGCUUGGCCACAUUUAACUUUGCGUUUCCGUGAAGCCAGUGUUCGAACAAGCAAAAAUGUUAAACAUUUGUUACGCGACUUUUACAAAAUGCUAAUUAUGCUUCGUUUAUCCAUACAGUGGUCACCGACAAGUACUGAUCAUCGACUUUAGAACACCAUUCCAGUGCCUAGCACUUGGAGAAUUUAGCCAAUGCGGGGGGGGGGGGGGGGUUUAGUCCCUCGUCUAUAAUGACUAAUUAAGCUGAUAUUAAAUGCGCCUUUUGUACGUCGUGCUAGGCAUCACCGCCCCCACACUCUCCCCCUGACAACAUCUCUGCUACAUGCCCCCCACCAGGGCAAUCCACACGCACACACCAAUACCAACAGCCGCCAUUCGCUGUUAAGUGACGGUGACGUCACCACGGCGCCCGUGCCAGGCUGGGUGCACUUUGAGGUCACGUGACGUGUCGAAGGCUCGCUGACAGGAGGAGGUCACGGGACAGACCCAGGUGCCAUGGGUUGGCUGAGAUGACCAGAAGAUGCAUCGGCCGGUACCCCCCGACUGUGCCAGCUUUUGCUGCAUUUUGGCCGCCCGGCGCUCCGCUCCUUGUGAGCGUCUCUCCUCUGCCCUCAGUUGUUGCUGCUGGAGGGCGACUGCCUCCCAACCGCUCAGCAGCGUCCUUCACGAGCCUCCUCCACACACACACCGAUCACCACCCCCAUGAGUCCCCACGGCACAACCCUCAAAGCAUCGCCGCCUCGACCGUUGUCUCUCUCCCACCUAAAAAGUUCACCCCCCCGCCGUGUGUGGUGUGGGGGAGAUCCGACCGCGCUUGUUGGUGGUUUUCCAUUAACGCUUUUACCCCUCGCGUUCUGCCCCCCACCCAACCUCGUUCGAUCUUACGCUUUUACCCCUUUUAAAUUAAGCAUGCAUCGGCCAAGUUUCCCGAGUUCUGGCCACUGAAAUGGUGUCUUCAUUGAUGGGAGCGUGUAUCGUCAAGUGACCAUUACGCAUGCAAGAUUGAAAAUGAACUUUUAUUUGUUAUUAAUGCUUUUGCUACGGAUGUAUUUAGAAUGCGAAUGUUCAGUAAAGCGGGCAUCCGUUUUGCUGUUAUGCCUGAAUUUAGCAUUUGGUCUAUUGAGUGUACAACGUUAAUUAUGAACUGUUACCUCUUGAAAAUGUGUUUUUGCAGAAACAGUGACGGGUGCGCGACCCUGCACUCAAACACGUUCACCGUGCGCCUGCUCAUCAAAGGCAAUAUCUAUCCCCAGGAUGUGUCAGUGGGAGAGUGUGGUGUUGGGGCUAGAGGGCUACCUGCUGCUGCUGCGAGUGGGUUGUCAACUCUCAGCCUUUCACCCAGAGCCAAGCCCGCUCAUGAUUAUCAAAACUAUCAUUGGGCGUGUCACACACGCACGUGUGUGUGUGGUGUGUCUUGGCUUGGCCACUCCGGACACGAUGCAGUAAAUUUACGGAGAGCUCCACGCACACCUCCGUUGGGUGGCGCAUGAGGACUGUGGUCUCAAAAUCUUGGUAUUGUUGUCAUCGGGUGAAACUUUAACACUUUAAAAACGUUUUAUGCACCAUUUCUAAAACGUCGUUUUGUAUUUGCGCUAUUUUUGUUGGGGUUUAGCCGAAGGCUAAUGCAGUGGCGUCAACGGCAAAUUACCCACGAUGCAUCGGUGUCCGUUUUAUUGUUCACCAAGUUGCAUGUGUCGACGCUUCUUUUGACGUUGAAAUGUGACGAGUGAAACGAGAACAAAAACGGAUUGUGAGCAAGAGAUUCCCCUCCCCCCCCCAUGCUGUGCGAACAGCCCUUGCCAUAUCGCUCAUCCCGUCUAGGAAAGUUCAUUGUCGUUCAGAUGCUCGGUUGUUACGCGCUACGUUAACACCUUGCUGCGCGGCAGUGAUUCCUGUUACCGUUUCCGAGUGCUUCCUAUUUUUUUAUUAUUAAUUGUUGUGGCUCGGUGGUGGUGUUUUUACACGAGUAGGGGCCUGCCUCUGUGCGAGUCCUUACAGUCAGGUUCUUACACUGCAGUAGAGGCCGACCGAAAGUGAAUUUCUGGUUUCGGCCGAAACCGAAAGUAAAAAAAUUACUUCGACCGAAAACGAAACUAUGCCGAAAUAGGCAAUUUGCCAACUUUGGGCGCCGAAACCGAAUUUCAGUCGGCCUCUACACUGCAGGUUGCGCCCCUGGCAGGUUCAGAACUUCAGCUGGGUCGAAUGUGUGUGUGUGUACAAGUGUCUGUUCAUUGCCUGUACAGGCAAUAUUUUCAUUAGCGUGGCAUUGCUUAUAUGUCUAAAUAUAUAGUAUAUAUUUUGUUCAUGUACGUAUUUUAUAAUCAUAUAAUGUACACCAACCACUGACCAUUGUCAGAGCAGACUCCCCUGACUUUAAAGAUCUCGACACAUUCGACAAGAAACACUGUGGCCUUGAGAAGGGGAAAAAAAAACUCAUUACACGUGGCGUUUCUGACAAAUGGCUCUUCAUCGCUUUUGAGCAAUCGGCCCUAGCAAAGAAAGGAACGGCCACUGCCUAAAACGACAUUUGGAAAUUAACCUCGGCCCCGCUCCUUUGCUGGACAACAAGAACUACAGAUCAAGUGAGCAUGGUUUAAACUGGGUGGUGUUUUUGUUUGUUGUCUCCGUAAGACAAGGAGGUAGAGUUUACAUCUUCGCAUGGGGGGGGGGGGGGUAGGUGCCUGUUGGCCAUGGCGGAUUUUUGCGGAAACAAAAAAAAGAACCCCGUGAAACUUCGGGCGUUGGAGAAAGAGCUGUUUUUUUUCCAGGUGCGCGUUGGGUGUGCAGCAAGCAAGGGCCACCAGCGAUGGAAACGUUUUCUCAGAGCCAGGCGUGGGGUUUGAAUAUGCCUGCGACGGAGUGAAUAUUGGCUGCAGUGUUUGUGACCUAUUGCAAAGCCAGAGGUGUCCUCGAAAUGCACCAUUUUCGCUCGCUUUUUAAUUGCCAUUGGCUGUUUUGCUUAAAAAUAUAUUUGCUACGUUGACAAUUAAUUUUAGUCCUUUAUCAUCAAGUUAUGUACAAUUGGUAAAAAAAAAAAAUUCGUCCGGGUUUUGGUCGUUAAAAGUUAUCAGCCAGCUUUUUUAGUAAAAAGAAAAAUGUUACGAUGUUUCUUUUACACUAAUACUUGCUGUUAUCGUGUCACAUUCAAGCACAUUCGUGCACAUUGCCUUUCACCAAAUGGAUGACGUUAUUUUCAAAUACAAUUUAGAGUUUAAAAAAA